CAUUCUGGCCAUGCCGCUUCUUAGUCUAUGCACGUUCUCUAUGCUCCUCCGCGUGUCGGUCUCGUUGUUCGUUCGUUCGUUCCUUUCCUUCUUCCCGUUGUUAAACGGACUGAGACAUGGCGAAACGGUGAAUGGCUAGGCUAGCCACCCACCAUAGGGGAGGACCCCGGAGGACCACAAAGACGAGGGGCUGCUAGUAGCCUGACCCCGAGUGGAUAUCAGCUUGCGAAGGGGCGAGGGUUUGGCUGCUUGAGAUAUUGCAUUGACGACGAACCCGAUAGUUUGUUCGUGCGUCUCAUUUCAGGCAGUGUGUGACUGUGUGUGAGCAAUAGCUUGGAUUCCAACCCGCAGCUGUUGAGAGCCUCUGAGAGGAAGUUGGAAGUUGGUCGAUCUGACCAAGAGUGAGAUCAUUAAAGUGACUGCGGAGAAGAUGAGUUUUCUUCGGAUCAAAGAGGAGCAUCAUGCUGAAGAAUACGAUAUCGAUGAGGAAACUGACGAUCAUCUGGCCGAUGAUCUCCAUGAGGACUUUGUUGCUUGCGAAACACACGAUCCUCCAGCAGAGCUACCUACUGUUGUUGAUCAUGAAAUUGACGAAGAAGCUCAAUCCCCUGGAUGUUUUCCAGCAGAGUCGGUCGAGUUGGACUUGCUCCCUCGACCUGUGAAUGAUCUGAAUUGUAAACAAGCGAGAAGCUACCUUGUGAAACUGCUCAGAGCUGCAAAUAAUGGAGAUAAUCCAUCCUAUGGAUUACCAAACAAGUGUCCGCCAUUCUGGCCCAACUAUUACUGGCCUUGGGAGCGACUCACGGAUGUUCACACCAAACCAUCUGGGAUGGUGGAACCCUUGCAAUAUUCGGAAAUGAUGAAACUCGCCAUUCGAAAAGGCUAUCAAUAUUAUGGCUACGAUCCGGAUGCAUAUUUUGAUGUCGAAGUAGAAGAGAGAGAAAAGGAGAGGGAGACGUUCAUGGCAGGAUCGGUUCGAGCCCCGUCCAUACAAUGGCAAAUUAGCAACGAAUCCGACGAGCCCCCAAGGUUGCCUCGUCCAGCAACGAAAUUGAAUUGCAUUCAAUCGAGAACUGUCUUGUCCAAAUUGCUCCGAUAUCAAUUGGGUGGAAACAACCCAAAUUAUGGUUCUCCGUCCACUGAGCCUCCAUGGUGGCCUAAUGAGUUAAUCCGAUGGAUCGAUAUGGUCGACUUGAGAGGUAAACCUCCCUAUUUGCCCGAUAAUUCUACAUACACCGAUGUGUUAAAACUUGCCAUCAAACGGUGUUUGGAGCAUUACGGAUACGAUCCAGAGAAUCAUCUCAGCCGAGAGGUUCCGCCAGCAACCUCGACGUCUUCCAAAUCUGAGCAAACGGAUGGAAAAGCGAAAAAAAACGUCAUGUCCGUGGAGGCCCGACUUCAAGCCAGUCUUUCCAGCGAUUCAUCGGGCCCGCCCAGACUCGCAAUGCCCAUUUCCAAGAUGAAUUGCGGUGACAUCAGAGUGGCAUUAAGUCGGUUAUUAUGGUAUCACAAUAACAGCACACCACCAAGUUACGGGAACGUCUCCUCCAUGCCCCAAUGGUGGCCAAACACAUUGAUGGAUUGGACCAAAUUAAAGAACUUAAGGCAUAAGUACGAUGGACCCUUGGGUAAUUCCUACACUAACUGCCUUCGAAUUGCCACUAGUCGAGGAUAUAGCUUCUAUGGAUUGGAUGCAGAUCAAUAUGUGGUGGAGAGUGACGAAGCCAAAGCCAACGAGGAAAAUGAAACUGCUGCUGAGACGCAAGCAACGAUGACACCCAUCAUUCUGGCUCCAAAAGAUACGGCAUCAUCGGAGGUACCUGCGUUUACGAUCACUCCCAUUCAGACUCCGAAGAGAAAGCCCAUGCCCAAUCUGGUGCCAAUAUCCUCGUUCAAAACUCCCAAACUCAACCCACACGCCCCUAGUGGUCUUAAUCCAAGUCCUCGAACCAAUGGAACUCAAACCAAACGAGCCUCGAUCAAAAUGAUUUCCCCACAAAGGGAACUGAAUGUGAGGAAGCAACCUUAUCCUCAAGCCUUAUUGAAUAACCCAUCGUGGUAUCCACCCAAGAUGAAUGCAACUUCAGGUUUGGUCACAGCGGAUCAAGAUGUCAAGAGUCUCAAACCGUGUAAAGUACUAUUGGAGCGAGGAUUUGGUGGAAUAAAAACCAGACAGAUGAAAACUCCCAAGAGUUUGCCUCGACCAACGGUCAGAAAGCCAUUGACAAAGGUGUUACAAGACGAUUUGAAGCACAUGCACCACACGGAUUUGAAGAUCGUUGGUCGAGAAGGCCACAGUGUUAUGAUUCACAAGAGUGUCUUGGCGGCACAGUCGCAUGUUCUUUGUCAAGUCAUCAAGGAACUAAUUCCUUAUGAGAAAGAUAUUGCAUUAUCGUUUCCAGACUUCUCCAAAGACAUGUUGACACUCUUCGUUGAAGCACUCUAUCACGGAAGAGUGAUGAUGGAUUCCGAGCAGAGGCGGGAGUUUAACCAGUUCUUACCGAUGUUCCAUCACUAUGGUUUGUUUCAAUCCAUGAAGGAGGAUAAACUGGUCACUCCCAUGAUUCGUCAGCCUCCCGUGAAAAUUCCCAAAAAGUCUCGGAAAAGGAAAACUUCAUCGAUAAGUGAUCUGGCCAUAAUGGAACCCAUAGUCCAGAUAAAUGAGGAACCUUUGGUCAAUCCCCCCAAGAGGUCUCGAAAGAAAACGCCCUCGUCACCCUUAUCCAAACAUAUCAUGUGGCUGGAUUUGGAACGAGAAGUGGCUUACGGACGGGAUUCAUUCAUUCGGUUCUUGGUGCGAGAGAAACUGCUGAAGGGACAUCUAAUCUGCGAGAGUAACUAUUGCAAUGGUGACGUGGAACUGGUUGAAGACAAUCGUUACUUUGAUGGCCACGUUUGGACGUGCAAAAACGCCACGUCCACCAACAGCAGCGGUCACACCCUCAAACUUCCAGUCAGAACCGGUUCGAUGCUGCCCGACCUCCCGCUAACUUUGGAGGAUAUCACCAAGGGGAUUUUUUGUUGGCAGCACGCCUUUCCUUUGGACCAGGCUCACACUAAAAGCAAGAUUUCAAUGGACAAUCUUAAAAUCGUUUAUAAAAUGUGCAAUGAACAUUUCAACGUCGAAUAAAUCGUAAACAAGUGUUCUGUUAUGUAAUUGCAAAA